AUUGCCUUAGGUCUUCAGCGGUAACAAAUGGCAAAAAAGUGCCAGCAGAUUUUGGCAGUCUUUUUUACCGGUUCUGCGAGUUAUUUUGUUUUGUUCGAUUAUAAAUGAAAAAGUGAAAUAUGUGUUGAUUAUUUGUUCCUGUUUGGUAAGUAUUUGUCUUAUCUGGUUUGCUAAAGAGGAAGGUCGAGUGUGGGCGCACGUCAAUGACAUGAUUCAUAAUUAUUCCAAUUAUUUGUUUGAUGCCGAGUUUUCACGUUUUAGCCAAAAAAAAAAAAAACACCCAAUUCUAGCAGGUACAUACUCACAAGAUAUUUAGCAUAUGCUUUGUUUUUUUGCCAGGAUGAUUUUUUUGUUAGCGGUCUAUGUGGGUUUAUUUAGGUUGAUCAGUUAUUGCUCUGAUUUCUUUAUUGUCCUUGACUGUUUCCGAAAAAUAAAUUCCUGUAGUUUCCAGGGUUGCAAAUUGUUUUCUUGAGUUGGCGUGUCCAAUGGAGUUAAUAGUAGGAAAAUCAUUUUCUUAACAUUAUGAGAAGACAUAUUGCUGAAGGUUGAUGCCGGAGUUUCUUUCAUUUUCCUAGACAAUUCUACCUCAUGAUGCCUCACUAUACUGUACCAUGAAUUGAUUCCGGAACUUUGGGCAUUUCAGUUUCCUGCAUAUUAGCGGGAGUUACACAAUAUUAUGCAUUGCCCUUUUGGCGACAAUGCCUGUUAAUUUUGAGCUCAUUAAAUCUGAAGCUGUUCUCUUAUUGCCUAAAAUCAGUUUGUAGCAUUAAUUGGGAGAGGAUGCUCCCGUAUGUGUUAUUGGAAAAUGAAAUAAAAAGAACACAUAAUUGUCACCUAUCCUGUAAAUAAUGCACUGGAACUUUAUGAAGUUGAGUAGGGCAUAAUGAUAAGUGAAUUCAAUCAAUAACAGAUAGAAACAUGUAUACGUUCUUGUGUAUUGACUACUAGGAGCAAACUUGCUCAAAGGUUUUAGAUUCAUGUUGUGUGAAUGUGCAUUUUUUAUAUCAAAAACUGGAUAGUUCAACCUGCUAAUGAAUUUGGCAUUCAUGCUUUUAGUACUCUACUACUUGACACAUUAUCAUUCUAUAAUUUUCAUGAACUGUGAACACUGUUUCUCUGUUAUGUUGGCUGAAAGGAUGUCAAGAUCUUGAUAUACUUUCUUGUUAUUAAUGUUGUAUUUAAAAAUACACUAUUAUGUUGUGGAUUAUGAGAAUUUAAGAACUCUCAUAUAUUUUGCUAUCAUCUAAGAACACAUAUUAUAUUGGUAUACUUGUGAAAAGUUCAUAGAUCCUCACCUUCCAAGACUCAUUCUAGAUUACUUAAACAUAUGGCAGAGUAAUUAUGCAAAGUUCAAGUCCUUCUCAGGAGUUGGUUGAAUAAUCUAUCAAUUAGUUACUUUGAAUUGCUUGUGUACUAUCUUAUCACGUGAUGGUCUGUUUCAUUAUUAGAGACCUCUUUUUUUGCAAGGAAAUCACAUCAACUAUGCUGAAAAUUCUUAUUGUACAUGUGAUUAUUUAUUUUUGGCAUUUUCAUUCCAUAUGGAUUUUGUAGUGGAAUAAUAACUUCAUUGUGGAACUUGGGCUGAGGAGAGCUACGCGACAUUGAACUUUCAUGCCAUGGAGUUUAAAGGUAUAACCUGGGCUGGAAAUAUAUACCAGAAGUUUGAAGCUAUGUGUUUGGAGGUGGAAGACGUUAUGGUCCAGGAUACUGUUAAAUAUAUGGAAAACCAGGUGCAAAAAGCCGGCGUCAGUGUUAAAAAGUUCUAUUCAGAAGUCUUGCAAGAUUUGAUUCCUUCAUCAUGUGCGAAAGUAGCUGCAGAUGACUUGUCUAUGUACCCUUAUUCUCGCACUGAUAUCAAUAGGAAGCUAAAACCAUGCUUAACAGAGAACUGGGGAGAGGUUAAGAAUAAAACAACUGAGGAUAAAGUUAUUCAUGCCAUGGACACGUGGAAAAUAUCUCCGAUAAGUGGACUUGAAGAUGUAAACCAUCUCUCCCCACUAUCUUCUGGAUUUCCUGUCCAAAAUGCAUGCUCUGAGGUCUAUUCAGCAAAAGACAAAAAAAUGGGCAUCUAUAAACGUCGUCCUAUUGGCAUCAAAAGAAUUUCUGAGAAAAAUCAUUUGCCAAAGAUAUCUGAACCAAUGACUCCGGUAUCAGCUGAAAAGAACUCAAGUGACGUGGAAGCAAGUACAGAGUUAGUCUCACGGGAAAGAUGUGAUUCUGGAGAAACAGUGAAUAUGAAUACACAGAUCUUUGAUCCUCCAAUUGAAUCUGUGGCUUCUAAUACAAUCCUAUCAGUUGAUCCUGUCAGGCGAAAGGAUGACGAUGCUCAGUGCAUCUCAUCUUGUCAUGACUUGCCCUCAGAAUCCAUUGGUACAUCCAUGAAUGGUGGUACAGGGCUUCAAUUAGGUUCAAAUAUUCAGAGUCAUGCAUGUAGUGCUGAAUCUGGUGGCAAGGAGGUUACAUUGUCUGAUGAAGCCGCUAGAGUAAAUUCAUAUAACAUCGAUAUGGAGGUUGAGAAUGCAGUCCUCGUUGAGCCUGGAGUGGAUAUCAUCAAGCGAGUUACAAAUACAAAGUUGGAGGAGUCUUGCAUUUUAGUGGAAGGGAAUGAGAUUCAUGUUGUUCCACAAGGCAUAGGCAAACAUAAAUCAUACAAGAAAAAGAUAAGCGAAGCUCUCUCAACAAAAUUGGGAUCAAGAAAGAAACAAGAGUAUGCCCAGUGCAUUCCCCAGUCCAGAUAUUUAGGUGGAACGGGAAGUACAGAGAUCGUGAUUCCUGAUCGUACCCCGGACUUUGAGGAAAAGAAAUUGCCAGCACAAGAUUUUUGCGAAUCCGACUGGGAGUUCCUCUAGAUAUUCUGCUGCAAGUGAUGCUGCUUUCCCUAGAGACAUAUAACUGGUAAUGAAGAUGCUAUCUUGAUAUGUCAACGGCAGCCAAAUGUAUCAUAGUUGAAAUCAUAUUGUAUAUGGAAUGAAAAAUUGUGUAUUGAUGCUUGAAAAGCAAUAUCCUAUGAUACACUUAAAAUCUAAGCGUUAAGUAGUUUGUGGCCGAUUUUUAGUAUUUGUAUCUUACAUAUGUGUCACUCUCCUGGAUAAGUUAUAAAUGAAAGUUCUGGUUGAUAUUAUUUUU